AUGGCGAAUCUUACUCUAGAGCUCAACAUCAAUUCUGCAAGUAGCCUUUUGAAUGUCAAUCUCAUCACAAAGAUGGACGUUUACGCCAAAAUCAACAUUCGUGACGAAAACACCCAGAAGAAACAAAAGGCGAAAACCACUGUCGAUCGUUCUGGUGGGUCUAACCCGAUUUGGAAUCAAGCUGCCAAAUUUUCCGUCAACGAGAGGUUAGUCCGUGAUGGUCGUUUGACACUUGUCAUGAGAUUAAUUUCUCGUCGAAUCCUAGGCAACAAAGAAAUCGGAAGAGUUGGCAUCCCGUUACUUGAGCUUUUGAAUUCAGCCACGUGGCCAAUUGGUAGUGGCAAUAACAAUCAGGAGAUGAUACUGAUGAAUCGUCAGGUGAGAACUCUGUCUGGAAAACAAGCAGGAUUUUUGAACUUUCAGUACAGGUUUAAAUCGGAUUCACCAGUGGCAGUGAUGGUUAAUCAGAAUUUGGUAGACCACACACCAGCAGCUGAUCCUCCAUCCUCGCAAAUGGAGCCUCUACCUUUGGCUCCACCAGAAACACCGAUUGAGUUUCCUAGGCUGCCUGAGCCACCAAGUCAUUCGAGACAUCCAUUUGCCGUUGGACCGAGCGAUGACUAUGCAGUUGCCGUUGGACCGAAAGACGAUGAUCACCUUCCCAUACAUGUCUAUAAAACUGUGACAAUGGAGCAAGCCAUUGGUCAUCACAACUACAUACCACCAUCACCGAGCCUCCAAGGAUAUGAACCGUACGAUUAUAGAAUGCCGACACCACAAGCAUCACUACCGCCGGCACCACCGUCGUCACCAAUAGGAUAUGAUGGAUAUGGAUAUGGAAGGUGGAUGUAA